AUUUAGUAGGUUACUAUACAUACAAAUUUCAGUCAAAUCAAAAGUGGUCGAUUUGACAUGGAAAUCGUGUAUGUACAAUGUAUACGAUACUUGAAUUUCAUAUGUAUAUAUUUCUAAAUUAUCUCCAUUUAUUAAUUAAUAUCUUACUUAUUUCUAGAACAUAUCUUUCUAGAAAAAAAGAACUUCUUUCUCCCCGAGAAAAAGACUACAUUCGAUGAAUACAUAUGCUGUUUGUUGUGAUGGUUUGUCGCCAUGGUUAAAUUGAUCGUCGGACAUGUGCACUGAAAAUAUUGUACAUCACUCCCGACAAUGUUGUAAAAUGUUUCGUUCUUCAUUGAAUACUACAAUGAUUUACUGUUUUUCUUCUGUUUUGAUAUGUCAUUUAGCAUUUGAUUACCUUAAGACUUUAUAAAAGAAGAAGGAUAGUCGUGACCGAGUGAAACGCUUACCAUAUUACAGUAACAAUUGUAACUUUACUGCUCAAAAUGACUCUACCGUUAUCGAGAAUAGACUACGCAGCUGUGGGUGUUACAUCCCGAGGUUCAACGAGAAUGUUCUAUGCAACAGAACACAGACAAACACAAAAGUUUGCGGUUGCUGAUCAUGAUGGCGUACUACAUGUAUAUGGAAUGAAGAAGGGGGUGUUACAGGUGUCGUUUAAAUCUCUGCCUGGACCAAAGAUUAAUAAACUGGUCCUGGGCGGGACUAUACGUGAUAAGAUUUACAUUGCACAUGGAAAUACUGUAAAGGGUUAUACGAAGAAAGGAAAACUGUUCUUAGAUUUCGACACAAAUCUGAUAGAUCCCAUUUCAGCAAUGUGCGUGAUUGGUCCAGAUCUUGCAGCGUGCGCCAAGGAUCUUUAUCACAGAUACCAUGAUUGCAAGGAUGCAGACUCUUAUUUGGCUGGUGAAACCUUAUACGACGUUGUUCUUUUACCUGCUGACAGUUCUACCGUCUACGCGAUUCUUGCUUGCGGAGAUUGUGCUGUACGAGUUCUUCAUGGUACAAAAAGUCCAGCAGUUCUUAGACUUCCAAGUGUCCCUACAGUAUUAUCUUUAUACAGGUUCUCGGUUAUUCUGCAUCUCAUUUUUAAUUAUAUAUGGUAUACUUUGUAUUGUUAUGAUAUUGUGAUAUUUUUUAGGGAGGGUGACGUUGAAUCUAAAGAUCGUGUUCUGGUCGGAACCAUGGAUGGUAGAGUAGGUCUAUUGAUUCUUCAGGGUAACAAAACUCUGAGAAUCACUUGGUUGCUAAACAUGACAGGUUCCGAAGUUACUUCUUUAGACACGUAUGAAUUACAAGAUGGUUUGGACAUACUUAUCGGUCGACAAGACGGCACUGUUGAAGUGUAUAGUUUUCCUGAUGAAGAUACGUUACCGCACCUUCGCUAUCGUUACAAUGCCAGCGAAAGUAUCAGUUCGGUGGUAGGUGGAGUAAUUGGAGCUGCAGGAUAUCCUGAGGUUCUAGUUACAACAUAUUCAGGACGAAUAUUUGGUUUGACUACUAGACCACCUGGACUCUUGGAAGCUGAUCAAAAUGACGGCUUAGCGCGGCUGAAAAACGAAAUACAACAAUUGCAGGAGAAACUUAACGAAGAAAAGGAAGCAGCCACUUUCACAGUCGACCCUUUAGCGCCGUUAAUUUUAUCAGUGAAUCAUAGGAUGGUCUUGAACAAAGAAGACGCGUCAUAUUCGCUUUCCAUAGAACUUGAUACACCGAUUGAUAACAUUUUGGUACAAUCAGACACACCAAUAAAACUAUUAGAUGUGGAAAGUAAUAGUGCAGUGGUUAGUCUUUCUGCUUGCAACUUUAGAGAAGGCAAUUUUUUACUUGCUACCUAUCGCUGCCAAGUAAACACUAAUCAUCUUGAAAUGAAACUAAGAACCAUCGAAGGUCAGCCAGGUACUUUACAGAUUUAUGUAACUUCACAGGUACAGCCAAAAUGUUGUCGCAGAAUAUUAAUACCUAUAUAUGCCCUUUCCCUUCAUGUAAGACAACAUGAAGAUAAUGGUACGGAAUUCUCUGGAAAGUCCUUUAAUGAAUUAAAAUUGAAUGGGUGCUUUACAGUUGCUGAGAUGCAUGCCUGGCUUUCAUUAGCAUUACCUGAUGUUCCUGAAAGACCUCACUUGGAAGAAGGUGAAGCUACUUUAACAUAUGUUUCAUCUUUUGUAGGCACGAUCCUGAAAUGCACAUACAAAAAAGGAAAUGCCAUUUUCCUUGGUGAGAAUAUAUCCAGCAUUAUAAUUCUCAGAGAUAUAUUGACGAGAGAAGCAACAAAGAGGAAAAUCAAAUUAGAUGUAUUUUGUGAUGUUGCAGAGAGAAGUAUAUCCAGAGUGCUGGAAUUAAUUCUUCCACGAAUGAACACAGUCCAUGAAUUAAUUACAAAAGUAAGAAUUUUGAAUGCAUUAGAAGAAUGGGAGCUGAAAGAGAAUCCAAAACAAAAUCUGUGCUUGGAAUACCAAGGAUUACUAGAGGAAGAAACAGAAAUCAAAUCACAAAUAGCAAAGGAUAAUGAAAUUUUAGAUAGGUUGCAUGGUGUAAUUACUGAUCUUUAUGUUGAUUGGGAGAGAGCUAAGCGGUCUCGUAGAAUUAGUAGCAAAGAUGCAGCUGAGAAACUCAACACAGCUCUUGAAACCAGAGAAUUGACUCAACUUUUACACAUUUUCAUUGAUACAAAUAACACGGUGCCUGCACCAUCUUUAACACCUUCAAUUAUCUAAGACUGAACUACAG